GAUCUGUGACGUAGUGCCUCCGCUGCUGCAGGGGGGGUUUCCAUCAUGGCGUCGAUGCAGAAAAGGCUGCAAAAGGAAUUAUUAGCCAUGCAAAAUGAUCCACCCCCAGGAAUGACACUCAACGAAAAAAGUGUACAAAACACCAUCACACAGUGGAUUGUAGACAUGGAGGGAGCGUCUGGCACACUCUAUGAAGGAGAGAGAUUUCAGCUGCUUUUCAAAUUUAGCGGUCGAUAUCCUUUUGAUUCACCUCAGGUACGUUUCUCUGCAGGUGUGUGUGGGUGUUUCUCAAUGUCGAGUAGAGCUGCUCCAGAGCCUCUGUUUCCAGCACACUACGUCAUCGAGUGCCGCCGAAGGACUGUUCCAAUGUCCAGCAUACUUGGAAUUCUACCGAGCCCGACGUACUUCGUUNAGCUGUGA